CGUCGCCCGUUCGUGCUCCAGUCAGCUCGACGUACUACUAACUUACUACGUAUCACGAUAAUUGAUGGGUUGAAACUGCAUUGGACUUUUUUUUCUCCUUGACAUCUUCCCCACCUCUUUCUUUUGCGCCAGGAGCUGGCUCUUCUUUCCCCUCCUCUCUCCCAUAAACUACCCGUCGCAUAAUGCGGUGGUGUCUUUCCUUCUUCCUCUUCGGCUUCCUGGCCGUGGUGAAUGCGCUCAGUAGUUCCGGCAACCGUCUCUUGGUUGUCUUGGAGGAUGCCUCCGAGAAGGGUCUCUAUUCCACACUCUGGAGUGAUCUGAAGGCUCGUGGAUAUGACAUCGCCUUCGAAUCUCCCAAGAGUGACCAACUCUCGCUGUUCGAGCUUGGCGAGAGAGCUUACGACCACCUCCUCCUUCUUCCUCCCAAGUCGAAAGGAUUCGGACCUUCUCUUAGCCCCAAGAACAUUGUCGACUUCCUGAACAAGGACGGAAACGUCCUCCUCGCUCUCUCCGGCAAGUCCACCACUCCUAGCGCCAUCAGUUCGCUUCUUCUGGAGCUCGAUCUUCACCUGUCGACGGACCGCUCCUCGAUUGUCGUCGACCACUUCAACUAUGAUACCCUCUCCGCCGCCGAGAAGCACGACGUUCUGCUUCUGCAGCGCCCCGGCCAGUUGAGACCCGACACCAAGUCCUACUUCGAUGGUGAGGGCGUCCUGGCGCUCCCCAGAGCUGCUCCUCACACUCUCGGCGACAACAUUCUUGCUGCGCCUAUUCUGCGUGCCCCCGUCACCGCCUACAGCUACAACCCCAAGGAGGAAGUCGCUGCUGUUGAGGACAUUUGGGCCACCGGUUCCCAGCUCUCUCUCAUCUCGACCCUGCAGACCCGCAGCUCCUCUCGCUUCGCCCUGCUGGGCUCCGUGGAGAGUCUCCAGGACAAGUGGUUCACCGCCACCGUCAAGGCACCCGGCAGCGGCGAGGAGACCAAGACGGUCAACCAGGAAUUUGCCAAGCAAUUGACUGCCUGGACCUUCAAGGAGACUGGAGUGCUCAAGGUCGGAAAAAUUGAGCACCAUCUCGCCCAGGAUGAUAUCACCGCCGAGGACUUGAACCCCACCAUUUACCGGGUCAAGAAUGAGACUGUCUUCAGCAUCGAAAUCUCCGAGUACAGCUACGACAAGUUCGUGCCCUUCGAACUGCCCGCCGAAGACGCCCUCCAGCUCGAGUUCACCAUGCUCUCUCCCUUCCACCGCCUGAAGCUGGAGCCUGCCUACCGCACCGAGAACAGCACCGUCUUCCGCACUCAGUUCACCGUCCCCGACCAGCACGGUAUCUUCUCGUUCCGCGUGAACUACAAGCGUCCGUUCCUCACCACCAUCGAGGAGAAGCACGAGGUGACGGUGCGUCACUUCGCCCACAACGAAUUCCCGCGCAGCUGGAAGAUCAGCGGCGGCUGGGUCUGGAUCGCUGGACUGUGGUCUGUCAUCGGUGGCUUCAUGGCUUUCGUGGCCGUGUGGCUCUACUCGGAGCCGGCCUCGGCUCAGGUCAAGAAGAACCAGUGAUUGUAAUUUAUCUAGAUGUCCAGUCAAUGACAGUUUUCGUACAUUAUGUCUGUCAC